AUGACAUCCAGUGCGAACACCUGGGUGUGGUUUGCAGUGGUGCUGCUGAUCACACUCAUGCGAUUUGUCUCCCGUGCCUUGCAAGUGGGUUCCAUCCGUAACCUGCAGAUCGAGGACUAUGUGAUGCUGGUGACAGUGAUUCUCUACAUACUACUCACGGUCUUCCUCAUACUUGUCGCCCAGCAUGGAACCAACGAAAUCCCCAUGAACCAGGUCGACACUAUCGACCCCGCCACCAUCCCCGAUCGCAUUCUGGGCAGCAAAAUGGUCAUCGUGGUGGAACAGAUGUGGUUGGGGACGAUCUGGGGGUGCAAGGCGUGUCUGCUGCUGCUGUACUCGACCAUGACUAAGGGCCUGACGCAGCACAAAUGGGUCAAAGGCAUCAGCCUCUUCUGCACGGUGUGCUUCCUGCUGAUCGAGAUCCUCUUCUUCGGCGGCUGGUGCCACCCGUUCUCCGCGUACUGGAGCGUGCCCCCGAAGAGCGUGCAGUGCUCGGUGUACCGCAACCACCUCAUUCUCUCGCUGGCACUCAACGUGGCCACGGACCUGAUGAUCAUGGCGAUCCCGCUGCCGCUGCUGAUCAAGGCCAAGCUCAACCUGACGAAGAAGCUGACGCUGCUGGGGGUGUUCUCGCUGGGGGCGUUCGUCAUCCUGUGCUCGAUCCUGUCGAAAUACUACUCGAUCUCGCAGCCGUACGGCGACGAGUGGGUGGACUGGUACGUGCGCGAGGCCGCGACGGCGGUGAUCGUGGCCAACCUGCCCCAGACGUGGACGCUGUUCCGGCGCAUGUUCAACCUGAAGGGGUUCCUGCACCACUCCUCGUACGACCGCAGCAGCCGCACGCGCAGCCGCAAGACGAGCAAGUUCACCAGCCGCUUCGACAGCUCCACCAUCCACCUGUCGCGCUUCCGCAACCACGGCGACAAGUCGCAGCUGCGCUCCACCAUCGACCGCACCGAGUCCGGCGAGCGCAUCCACGACACCCGCCUGGAGAUCUGGGAGCAGCGCCAGUUCCACGUCACCAACGAGGCCGAGGAGGAGGCCACCCGCCACAGCCCCAGCCUGAGCGAGAGCAGCAGCGCCCGCAGCAUCGACUUCGAGGCCGCCGCCAGUUUCCCCGUGCCCCACGUCAAAACGACGGUCACGACCACCACGACGCCGAUGUAA